CUGUUUGGUGAAUGAUAUCCAGUAGCUGUCCUCUUACCGACGGGUCCUAAACCCUGCACGGUGGAUGCUGCGGCGGACACGGAGAAACCCAGACGUCUGCGUCCAAGCGUACUCCUUCAGCUUGACCGUUUGGCAGCAUAGGAAGGAAUCCUGCCGCAACACACUUCUGAGCUCUCCACCAUCCACCUGCGGUUUGGUGUGAUGAGGCCUUGAGAGACAACCGCCCUCUGUCUCUCCUCAUCCUGGCGCCUCCCCCUGGCAGCACUGACUUGGCUGGGUAGCAGAUGGUGGUCACUACACCCGCCACAGAGGUGCACUGACACCCUCUCCACUCACCUCUCCUCCCCGUCCCUGCUCCUGCUCCCCUCGCCUCCUCCACCAAGUCAGCUUGGUACCAACCAUCAUGAGCUCUCACAGUCGACCAGGCAGCCUGACAAGCAAGGAGCAGCCUCUGGAGCUUCUCAAACCUGCUGCACUCAACCACCUUCCACCUGUGGACGUGAGCACAGCGGCGCUGCCCUCGCAGGUGCCCCCUACCACCACAGCUAUCCUCCCCAUGGACCUGCGCAUAGUGGACCACCCCCACCACCACCACCCCCACCAGCAGCCCCAGCACCACCACCACCAGCAGCAGACCCCCUUUGGUCUGGUUCCCCCGGCCCACCCGUCACCUCCUGCCUCCACUGCCUCGCCCACAUCCUCUGACCCAGGCCAUGGCACUGGGCAGAUCCCAGGCCACCAGGAGCAGCAGCUGCAGCAGGAGCUGUUGGCUCUUAAACACAAGCAGGAGCUUCAGAGGCGGCUACUGAUCGCCGAGUUCCAGAGGCAGCAUGAACAGUUAUCUCGUCAACAUGAAGCCCAACUCCAGGAGCACAUCAAGCACCAACAGGAUUUGCUGGCGCUGAAGCACCAACAGGAGCUGCUGGAGCACCAGAGGAAGAUGGAGCAACACCGCCAUGAGCAGGAGCUGGAGAAGCAACAGCGAGAACACAAGCUCCUGCAGCUCAAGAAUAAGGAGAGGGGACAGGAGAGUGCAGUAGCGAGUACGGAGGUAAAGAUGCGGCUUCAGGAGUUUGUCCUGAACAAGAAGAAAGCCCUGGCUCAGCGAAACCUAAACCACUGCCUGCCCAGCGACCCACGCUACUGGUACGGGAAGACCCAGCACAGCUCUCUGGACCAGAGCUCCCCUCCCCAAACAGCUUUGUCAGCCUACAACCACCCCAUCCUGGGCAUGUAUGACUCAAAAGAUGACUUCCCUCUCCGCAAGACAGCCUCAGAGCCCAACCUGAAGCUGCGAUCCCGGCUAAAACAGAAGGUGACUGAGCGCCGCAGCAGCCCUCUGCUCCGCAGGAAAGAUGGUCCCAUUGCAACAGCCAAGAAACGUUCGCUGGACAUGGCUGAGUCAGCCUGCAGCAGUGCACCAGGCUCAGGCCCGAGCUCCCCCAACAACAGCUCUAGUAACAUCCCCAAUGAGAACGGGGUCACCAUCUCGAGCAGCCCAGGAGAGGCCUCCCUUCUCCAGAGGCUGGCUGCUCGGGAAGGCUCAGUGAGCCAGCUCUCUCUCUACACGUCCCCCUCUCUGCCCAACAUCACCCUGGGCCUGCCAGCCACUGGCCCUGCUAACACUGUGGUAUCAGGACACCAAGAUGGUGAGAGUCGUCUGGCGUUGCCUGCGUUACAGCAGGGCAUUCCUCUGACCCCUCCCUUCCUGCCCACUGCCCACCUGCCCUCCUACUUGGCAGCCUCUGCUUUGGACAGGGAGGGGGCUGGAGGAGGAACGGCCGGUCACAGCCCCCUCCUCCAACACAUGGUACUGCUGGAGCAGGCCCACAAUCCACUUGUUGGUCUGGGCAGCCUCCCUCUGCCAUCACCUUCUGUCUCUAAGCUGGUGCGGGGCCACCGUCCCCUCGGGAGGACCCAGUCGGCCCCUCUGCCCCAGCAGCAGUGUGGCCAGGCCCAGGCCCUGCAGCAGCUGGUGGUCCAACAACAGCACCAGCAAUUCCUGGAGAAACACAAACAGCAGUUCCAACAGCAGCAGCAGCAACAGCACAUCAUCAACAAGAUGAUGUCCAAACCCAGCGACCAGGUCACAGCUGCAGGCUCCAGCGGCCCCGGGCCAGGCCGGCAGCACCAGAGUCACCCAGAGGAGACAGAAGAGGAACUAAGAGAGCACCAAGGGCUCUCCUCCUCCUCAUCCUCCUCCUCCUCCACCUCUGUCCAGGAAGCGGGGCCGCUACGAGGGUUGGUCAUCAAGCAGGAGCCUCCGGACCCUCAGGAGCAGGAUGAGAGGGAGAGGCAGGCCGAGCAGGAGCUCCUCUUCCGACAGCAGGCUCUGCUGUUAGAGCAACAGCGAAUUCACCAGUUGAGGAACUACCAAGCCUCUAUGGAGGCAGCCGGCCUGUCAAUCAGCUUCACAGGACACCGCCCCCUCUCUAGGGCUCAGUCAUCUCCUGCCUCUGCCUCUUUCCCCAUGGUCGUCCAGGAGACGCCUGCCAAGCCCCGAUUUACUACAGGCCUGGUGUAUGACUCUCUAAUGCAGAAGCAUCAGUGUAUGUGUGGUAACACCACGAGCCAUCCAGAGCACGCCGGCCGCAUCCAGAGCAUCUGGUCGAGACUCCAGGAAACAGGCCUUAGGGCACAAUGUGAGUGUAUCCGAGGCAGGAAGGCCACUCUGGAGGAGUUACAGACAGUCCACUCUGAAGCCCAUGUCCUGCUGUAUGGGACCAACCCACUGCGUCAAAAACUAGAUUGUUCAGCAAGCCCCAUGUUUGUGAGGCUGCCAUGUGGAGGAGUUGGGGUGGACAGCGACACCAUUUGGAACGAGGUUCAUUCGUCCAGUGCGGCUCGUCUGGCCGCCGGCUCGGUGGUGGAGCUGGUCUUCAAGGUGGCAUCAGGAGAACUCAAGAACGGUUUUGCUGUUGUCCGGCCUCCUGGACACCACGCGGAGGAGAGUACGCCCAUGGGCUUCUGUUAUUUUAACUCGGUAGCCAUCGCAGCCAAGCUUCUGCAGCAGAGGCUCAAUGUUAGCAAGAUCCUCAUUGUGGACUGGGAUGUUCACCAUGGUAACGGUACCCAGCAGGCUUUCUACGGUGACCCCAACAUCCUCUACCUGUCACUCCAUCGCUAUGAUGACGGAAACUUCUUCCCUGGCAGUGGCGCACCUGACGAGGUGGGCAGCGGAGCAGGUAUGGGCUUCAAUGUGAACAUGGCAUUUACUGGAGGUCUGGAGCCCCCCAUGGGUGAUGCCGAGUACCUGGCUGCAUUCAGGACAGUUGUGAUGCCUAUUGCCAACGAGUUUGCCCCAGACAUGGUUCUGGUAUCAUCAGGCUUUGAUGUGGUGGAGGGCCACGCUCCACCCCUGGGAGGAUACAAACUGACAGCCAAAUGCUUUGGCUACCUGACCAGGCAGCUGAUGGGUCUGGCAGGCGGCCGGUUGGUGCUAGCCCUAGAGGGGGGUCACGACCUCACAGCCAUAUGUGACGCCUCCGAAGCCUGUGUCUCUGCUCUGCUCGGCAAUGAGUUGGACCCCCUUCCUGAGGAUGUACUGCAGCAGAGACCGAACCUCAAUGCUGUCCACUCCAUGGAGAAGGUUCUUGAAGCUCACAGUAAAUACUGGCGCUCACUGCAGCGUUCCGCCUCAACACUCGGCUGUUCUUUGAGCGAAGCCCUUCGGCAUGAAACAGAAGAAGCUGAGACAGUCACCGCCAUGGCCUCUUUGUCUGUCGCCAACAAGCACAUUGGGAAGAAGGCUGAGGAGGAGCCAAUGGAAGAGGAAGCUCUCAUGUAAAGAAGCAAGCCUAGCUUUUGACCACUCAUAGAUCGGUCUGCAUCUCUGCCAGUGUCCUCAUCCAUUCAAAUCUCUGUUUUACUGUAAAGCCCACCCCUGCGUCUCACCCAUGCCAUGAAGAUGGCAUCUUAUCUUGGGAGGGACCACGCAGUGUUGACAAAAGGGACGAGGGAAGGAAACAGAACACUGAAGAUGGCCCAUCGCACUCACUGAUCAGCGGUGCACACACUGAUCAACACAAAUGUGUUGCAUUGUCACUGUGAGGGGAUCAAGACCUGGGAUUUAAGAGGGACGACUCAACCAUCCCACGAUGACCACCUCGAGUGCCAGUGCUUUUUAAAACACUAGACAGAUGUUCGCAGUACCUUUGAACACCUGAACCAGACACUGAUGAUGUACAGUCGUCUCGACUUCUUAUCUUUGUGUUCCGUUUUUGCUUUAUAUCACUCUGCUCGCUUUCAUCAAAAAAAUGACAGAGCUAAUGUGAUUGUGACUCUGCACAGGAUGGAUCGUUACUGCUCUUCAGGUGGAAAGAAAGAAGUGGUAGUGUUUUCUUCAACUUUCCAAGGUGGUUUUACUCAACAGUAGAGUGAACAUGACAGAUGAGAAGACAGAUGAACAUAUGUUCUGGUUCUAAAAUGACUGACAGUGAAAGACUGUGAGUUUGUGCCUUUUAUUUUUAAAACCUGGUGGAUAUUUCAUGUUGAACUCGAUUUUAAAGAGCUUUGCCUUAAAACAGGUUUGGGAAUGAGGCCUCUUCUCCCUAACCCCUUAACAUUUUCUACCCUGGCAAGACUUUGAAUGCCUGCACGUUGUUGGCACAUAGACUGGAUGCCCUUGGCAUGUUUACCUAUAAUUCCCUGCAACCAGCCUACUGUCCCACCCUGUACCGCUAUCGCCCCUUUUCUUACCCCCAUUUUCACCCCACUUUGGAAGGUAGUUCCCAGCCACGCUGGCAUUAACAUGGAGUUGGAGUUGGUUGUUCCAGUUAAAAAGGUUUAGGAAGUUUAUGGUGGUUAAGUAUUAUUUAAUGUAACCCUUUACCAGAUAGGCAUUUCCUCUUCUAAUGGAAGAGUUGACUAGCAUGCACUGUACUAGAAAGACUAAGCUUCUGAAAACUAGAAUGCCAUUCAUAUGUAGUAGUACAACAAUAAUCAAGCCAAAGCAUGAUGUACUAUCAUUACAAUAGAGUGGAACCACUUAGUAUUGCAAGCAUUUAAGAAAGACUUCAUAGUCGCAUCUCUGACAUUCAAAUUCUUGCCUUUGACAAAUGGUUGAACCAUCGUCAACUUACCUUAAACCCUAAGAGUAAGCUUUGAGGUCACUGAAAAACUUUACUACUUGAUGUGAGAGAGAAAAGAGCUACAUAUCAGUUUAUUAGACAAACAUUGCCUCUAUCGUAACAAGGACCGUACCGCCAUUGAUUGCUCCUUGUUAAGUACAUCUGUUCCCCAACUGCAGGUGCUAUCAGGCAGGUGUGUGCAUGCGUGCAUACAUGAGUCCAUACUCAGUUAACUACAAGAAGCUCUCUAUUCUAGCCUAGGCUUACACUCACUCGUAGUGACAGCAUAUAUGAAAGAGUAUGCACAUAUUUUUAUACAAUGUCCUUUCUUUCCAAACCUUCCCCUUCUCGUUGGCCAGUGGCAUUGCCAGUGAGACAAGCACAUGCAUAAUGCAUACACUUUUGACUUUGACUAGCACAUGUAGCUCAGAUUCUGGAGAAUGAAUCAUAGUCAAAUGCUCUCAUUUGCUGAAAUCAUCCCUAACUAGUGUGCAAAAUGAACACCAGCCAGAUGAGAGUACAUUUUGGCUGUCCACCUUGACAGGUAACAAUCACUCGGAGAUCCUUUUCUGUUUAAAAAAAAAUUACAUAUAUGUAUUUGCCUAAUCAAACAGUUGAAGUGGCUGGGGCAUGUACAAGCGUACUGUGGCUGGUGGGCAAAGGUUAUUUUCCUGCCCCGUUCUAAACCAUCUUUCAACUUGUGUUUGGCCUUUGGGUAACUACCUUCUUCCACAUUUGUUUCAUCUAAGAGCUAAUCACAUGUUUAUUGUAUUUUUCAGUGAACAGGAAACAAAGUGCUGUGGUGUUUACUGUUGUUUACUGUACACGGGACAUUGAUCUUCUGGGUAUUCCUGCCACACACGGUUGUCAAUGACUACUCUAAUUUUGUUGAUCCUUUUUCCUCUCAUCCUUGUCUCUUUCUCCCCUCUGUGCUGAUUUUGUUGCUGUCUCUUUAAGUGGACUCCAGUGACUUUUUUUGUACUUUUUUGUGUUUUCCUGUUAGUUUGUACACUUUGUUCACUCUGUCUCUCUCCUCUGUGUCUCUCUGUUACAUUGUACAUUGUACAGCUGACAUACCUCACAACAAGUGAGGGUUCAAAUUCUGUUCUUGUGGACAUUACAUGGCCAUGUUUUCUGGGUUCAGGGUUUUUGUGGGAGGGAAGGGGAUGAAAAUGUUUCUACUUUGUAUAAUGAUUCCAACAACUGUGUAUUUACUGUCUGUUCAUAGUAGAUUUAUAUAUGAAAAAAUUAAGUAUAUUAUAUAUAUAUUGAAAUAUUAUUAUCUUGUUUUUGAAGUUGGUAUUGCAAGGUGAUAUUUUUCAUGGGUCUCACUGAGGCCCUUUAUAGGGUGUUACUGCAGGCACUGCUUACUGUCCCUGGUUACAGUCAGUUGUGUGAUAAGUAACGUAGCAUCUCAUUGGUUGUCUUUGUCUUUCAACAUUGAUGACUGGCUUUUGGCUUAAUUCAUCUCGUUGAUGCCAUAAUACUGUUAGGAGUGCCAUUGCCCACCUCUCACCCAAACACACACAUAUCCAGACUAUACCACACUACAUUGUUUUUGACUCAUAGAAAUUAUACCUUUUUUUUUUCUAGGUAAAAAACAAACAAACAAAAAAAAACAUUUAUUUUGGCCGACACCCAUGUAGUUUCAGUAUCUUGAGAAAUUGUUUCAACACAGAUCCUACUUACAGCAUCAAUAUCAAAAAUGAACAGAUUGGACAAGUUAUCUUUUUUCCACCACAACACCAGUACUUCCUUCAACCAGUCCAGCUACAUUACAUCAAGUUAUCAGUCUCUCAAUUCUUCAUGCCAUUCAGCAGUUUACAGGUUCAUCCUUGAAUGUAGUAGGAAUAGCAAAAGAAGGGAAGGGUGGGAUUGAACUGGAACGUGGCCCUGCUAUCCCCUCUGCCUAUGUUAAAAUAAGUUAUGUUCGUGCAGAAGACCAUCACUUAUUUGCUUAUCUGGUCAAACGUCCGUAGUUCUAAUUUAAACGAACAGUGCUUUACAUCGAUCAUUAAGUUCACGUUAUAUAUCAGCUAUGUGAAGGAUGCCUCAAGGUCGUUAGUUAGCAAGACUGGCCUGUAUCCAGAAGGUCACAGGUUUGGUUCCAUUGUGUCUAUCUUUGAGCAGCACAUUGAAUCUCCAUUGUGGAGGCACCACUUCUGGCCUCCCUUGUACUCUGAUUAAAAACUCAGUGUGGCUUAGAGGGAUAUAUAAAGAAACAAAUCCCUGUUAUACUCUGCUCUUACUGAAUUACUCUAAAAUUCCUUUCACAAAUCUCUAAAUUUAUCUUUGAGGACACAGAAAUGGUAGCUUUUCAUCCACCGACUAAAGCAGAGAGUUAUCGUCUGGCCCACAGUGGCAGCGUGACGGUGCCCUUCUGUCCUGUGAAAUGAACCCAGACCAGCAGAUGCCCCGCCGUUAGCUUCACCCACCUCACCCCCCAGCGGCUCUCCAAACGCCUCCAGCAGAUGGCCACAGGGGUCAGAGGUCAUUUUGAAACUAUUUCCUGUUUGUGUCACCUUCUACUUGUUUAAAUUUGCAGGACUCUUGAGAUUUUGUGAUCACAGAACUUGAUGAACAUGAAUCUAAGGGAAUUUCAGAAAAACUGUAACAGUGAGUGCACGAGAAAUAAAUAAGAUGCGAGCUUUUGUAAAGUGGUGUUUAUAGAGCACUACAUAUUUAGUUUUAUUGGAGUGUGAUUCAGCCUCAUGCUCACGUGUAAGAUAAGUCGUAUUUCUGUACAUUCCCCUCCCAUCAACACCUACACAGCCACACACACACACACACACACACCAUCUCUUUAAAGCAUACCAGCCGGGGUGCGGUUUCCCCAAACCAUCUCAGCCCAAAGAUAUAUAGCCGAAACGAGCUCAUAUCCCAGCUGUUAUUAGGAAGUCCGUUAUGAUUCCCGGGAUAUGCUGAUAUCACCCAGAGACACCGAGUCAUGCAAACACUUUCUCCUGUGUGGUUCUGUUUAGAAAACUGUAAUAUUAAAAAAAAAAAAAAAAAAACAAACUCAGGCAUUUGUGGUUAAACCGGGAUAUACUAUUAUUUCGGAUUAAAUGCAUUCGAUGAGAUGCUUUUUGGUAACCCAUCCCGGAUCAUUCCCAGAACAUUCCCAGAACCCUCAAACAGCAGUGCCAGUCUUAAUAACAUCAGCCGUGUUUUUUUUUUCUUUUUCUUUUUCUUUUUCUAUUCUGCUGGCCGUUGCUUUUGUUUCUCAGAAGGAGCCAAAACUAGCGCUGUCUGGCCGCUCUGCCCGUCUGUCUUCACACGUAGUCUUAAUACAGUGUCCAGUGAAAA